GUGAGAGGCGUCUCCCCGAAUUCUCCUCCAAAGAUAAAUAUAGCUUCCAACACAGCCUGAAACGACGAAAAAGGAAGGAAAACUAUAGAUACCCAAGUAGAUAAGUUUCUAGAUGGAGCGGAGGAGGGCAGCGAGUCCGGUGCGUGGGCGGCACUGGAGUGGGGAAUCCAGCAGUUCGGGUUCGUCUUCGCCGGCGCACCCGCAGUCACGGGGUCCCGGAGGAACUGGAGGUGGUCUGUCCACUAUCAAGCGCUCACAGAACGUAGCCGCAAAAGCAGCUGCCCAGCGUCUUGCACAGGUCAUGGCUUCACAGACUCCAGACGAGGAUGAGGAAGACGACGAUCUAGGGUUUCGAUACAGUGCACCUCCUCUGCCUACUGGUUUCUCGAAUAAUAAUGGUAAUAGUAAUGGUAGAAGUCCUUUGCCUGCGAUCUCGGUUACUCGGCCCAGUAGAUCUCCCUCGCCGGCGGUAGGUCGGAAUUUUGUAGAGCAUGCCGCGUCUGUGCGGUCCACCUCAGCAGGGAGGCCGACAAUGUCAGUGCGGUCAACCGCACCAACGUUGUUGCCACCGAGCAGAACACCUGUUAGAACUCCGGCUUCUAUACCUCCGAUUGAGCCUCCUUAUAUGGGUAGAGAUAAAAGAUUUACCGCAGAUGUAGUAGGGCAGUUCAAAGCAAAAGACACAAGUGAUCAACGUGAAGCUUCUGCACUUCGUGAUGAACUUGAUAUGCUACAAGAAGAGAAUGUGAUCAUUCUUGACAAGCUUCAUCGUGAAGAAGAGAGACGCGAGGAAGCAGAAGCUAGAGCUAGGGAGCUUGAGAAACAGGUUGCUUCUCUAGGAGAGGGGGUCUCUUUGGAAGCAAAAUUAUUGAGUAGGAAAGAAGCAGCAUUGCGUCAAAGAGAGAUUGCUCUUAAGGCUGCAAAACAAUCAAAGGAUGGGAAGGAUGACGAAAUUGCUGCCCUUCGCUCAGAACUUGAGAGCUUGAAAGACGAGGCUGCAGCAGCUGUGGAACAGUUCCAAGAAGCAGAAUCUGAGGCCAAAGCUCUUGGCACAAUGACACAGAGAAUGAUUUUGACUCAAGAAGAGAUGGAGGAAGUUGUCCUGAAGAGGUGUUGGCUUGCUCGUUAUUGGGGGCUAGCAGUUCAGCAUGGCAUUUGCACAGAUAUAGCUGCAUUAAAGCAUGAAUAUUGGUCGGCAUUAGCUCCUCUUCCAUUUGAAGUUGUUAUUUCUGCCGGACAGAAGGUGAAGGAGGAGUCUUGGGAUAAAGGUGGUGGUGGUUCAGAUGGGGCAAAAGUUGCCAGGGAUUUGAGUAAUCUGACUGGGGAAGGAAAUAUUGAGAGUAUGCUUUCGGUUGAAAUGGGUCUAAGGGAAUUAGCUUCUUUGAAGGUUGAGGAUGCUGUUGUGCAAGCAUUAAGCAAGCAAAGAAGACCAGCGUUUCUUCAGCAAUCCAUCUCCGAUUCCAAAUCACCAGCGGAUCCUAAAUUUAUGGAGGUCUUUGAACUAAGUAAAGAGGAAUCAGAAGAUGUUCUUUUCAAAGAGGCUUGGCUAACGUAUUUUUGGAGAAGAGCCAAAGCACAUGGUGUGGAAGAUGAUAUUGCAGAAGAGCGGCUUCAGUUCUGGAUCAGCCGUAGUGAGCAGUCACCUACUUCACAUGAUGCUGUGGAUGUUGAUCGGGGUUUAUUUGAGUUGAGGAAGUUGGGAAUAGAACCGCAACUCUGGGAAGCAUCUCGGAAAGAAAUCGACCAGUCAUCUCCUAGACAUUCUAAUCAUAAAGUUUCGAUUGAUUCAGAGGCAUCUUCAUGAUUCAUUCCUACCCUCUAUCUCUCUCAAUGAAUGUUGCUUAUGUCAAAUUUUGGAUGGUGUAUAUUUUGUUUUCCUUCAUUUUUUGAUAUAUUAAUUUUUUCAAGCUUGUGAAAAAUCUAAGUAGUUUGCUUUCUUCUAUGUAGAAACGUCUGGUGUUCCAUUUAUAGUUGGUUCAUUCCAAAUUCCAAUAAUAAAAUCCCCAGUGUUUG